AAAUCUGUGUGCCUUAGUAAUCAGUCAGAAUGUUAUCACGUAUUCAAUAAUGUUAAAUUUUCUCAAUGUUCAGAUGCCGCCACGUAGGGAACCCGAUCAUCAGGCUCCUACUCAGGCUAUUGUAGUCGCACAGUUCCGCGACUAUCACGCUGAAAAGUUCUCAGGGCAGGGAGAUCCCCGCAUUGUAGAUGAAUGGAUUCAGGGCCUAGAGUUUAUCUUUGAGCUAGUCCGUGAAAAGUACUACCCCUCCUAUUAUCGGGCAGAGAUGGAGCGUCAGUUCUUAGCGCUCCAGCAGGGCACUCGUACGGUUGAUGAGUACGAGCGAGAGUUUACGAGACUUGCAGCUUUCGUCCCAGACCUGGUUCGCACGGAGGCUCAGAGAGCGCAGCGGUUCAUCGACGGGCUUUUUCCAGCAGUCCGUCAUAACAUCGUGGGACACGGGACACAGACCUACGCUCGUGCA